AUGGGGGAGCAUUGGGGUCCUCCCAACAACUGCCAUCUUUCUAACCUGCUGCUGACCCCCUUAACUGGGCCCCCCAAGGCCAGUGACUGGCCCGCCGCCGCCCGGACAGACACAGGAGGCGGGAGUCCAGCUCAGCGCUCCAUCCCCUGGACCAGAAUGCCUUCGCGUUCUCCCAGCUGGCCCAUCAAGAUGGCCCAAAGCAAUAUCCCCUCCAGGUUUUUUCAGUCCCAAGAUCGCUCGGAAGACUCAAAUGAGAUGCAAGAACCAAAGCCUGGUCCAAAUAAAAGCAAUGUUAGGGGUCCCGCCCUCCAGAAAAGACUGAACUUUGUGGGCCCCAAAGAUCCCUCUAUGCAGAUGAAAGUCCUGAGCUUUGUACACAAUACCAAAGCCCAAGAUCGGACUCGAAAGCGACAGCAGCCAAUAAAGCUGGAACCGCUGCCUGUACUAAAAGUCUACCAGGACCAUAUGCAGCCAGACUACAUAUAUGCACAGAACCGAUUAAAAUUACUUAGUUCUGGAUUGCUCCAACCAAAACCGAAACCUUUGCGGAAAAUACCAUCCACUGAAUCAUUUGCUUCUGAUGUUUCAGGAGAACCGAAAAAAAAACAGAUACGAAUGUUGUCUACAGAAAGAGAAAGAUUCUCCCCCACCCCUCCUUCACAAACACGGGCCAGUAGUGGGAGAGCAAUGUUUAAACAACAAAUUUCAGCAACUUACCCUUCACUCAUAUUCCAAGACCGAGAAGAUGUCAUUAAAGCCAACAUUAAAGAUCCUUUGCAAAUUAUCAAAAUCAUAUCUGAGAAUAAACAUCUUGGAUUCCUGUAUUUGGUUCCUGCCGUACCAACGUCAUCCAUUGAAUAUGAUCCUUUUAAUUUCAGAGUCGUGAGUUAUGAACGUGUCAAUAAAAACGAUUACUAUACGAUUAGCAAAAGAGCAGUAACUCACACUUGUGAUGGGGAAGUUGAAUUUAUUGAACUUCCUCGAUGGGAACAAGAAUAUCUGUAUCACAGAGAACUCAGAAAGGUUCCCAUAUUUUCACGUUUUCGCAAAUGGAAAGCAUUUACCGUGUGGAGAAAGAACGUCCGCUCCAAGAAAAUUAACGAAUGCCGAAAAUCUCUACUAGAUAAUCUGUUCAUUGUUAAUGAUAAUCUGCGACCUGCUGUUCUCAGGGUGAAAAAUAUGUGUUACGAGCUCAGUUUUAUGGUACUUUGCUGCAUCGAAAAAGGACGUAUCAGUACCUUGUUAGAGUUUCGGGCUGCUCAGCUCCAGCAAUUAGGGGAGGCAACAGAACGCCUCACAGGCUUCAGAAAUGUGGUGAAAGACAUAGUCAGGAACGCUUGCCGAAUCGCUUUGCAGGCCUCUGGAUUCACUCCUGACGACUGCUUAUUCGACGCGGCCCUGAAAGUUGAGGCAGCAAAAGAAACCUCUCCAAACGUACCUGAAGGCGAACUUUAUGGAGAAAGUGAGAAAAUGACUUACACAGAACAGGCCAGCAAAAGGCACCAUUGCAUACGGCUGACGUGCUUUAUCCGCUACAUUGACUAUCUAAUUGUGAAUACCUUGCAUGUGCUGACAGUCAACUCCGUUUUCACUCUUUUGAAUUAUCUUAUGGAAAAAUUAAAACAGACACCACCAACUGAAGUCAUCCUGAAGUGGAUUGACGAGAAGCCUGAAGUAGUUGACAAAAAGGGUCAACCAGAAAGGACAGAAGAAGAUGAUUCACUCCAGCCUAUGUUUGUCACAGAACUCAUGCUGGAGAUCAACAAUUUGUAUUUUGACCCAUCUUUGAACCAUUUUCAGGAAGGUAUUGCAGAUGCCAUUCAUCGGUUUCAGUACACUGUUCUGUCAGUCGUUAAUCUGGUACCCGAUUCUUAUUUUGAUGCUUUCACUCGUCCUAUGAUUAACAACAAAAUGGAAGAAAAGACUUGUGGAGAUGGUCCAAGUUUAGGAGCUGUGUUUGAAGAUGACAAGUACUUGCACUCGAUUAUUUAUCAAAUAAGGGAAACCAUAAAGGCUGCAUUUGAAAGUGCCAACAUCUAUGCAAGUACUUUUGAAAAGUUCCGGUUGUUUUAUAAGGAAAAUGAAAGUCUCGAUUUAGUUGCUCUGCAAAAAGAGGAACCUGGUGUUCGUUUCUUUGCUGAACAACUAGAAAAAUAUCAUAGAGAACACAAGGAAGCCUUAGCUUUAAGGCCUACCAGAAAUUUAGGAUUAUUGCUUGUGGAUACCAAAAAAAUGAAAGAAAAACUAAUUCCAUCACCAAUGCGUUGUUUGGAGGUCAUAAAUGCCAUGCUUCCUCUCCAAAGCAAGAAAAAAGUGGAUGCUAUUAUCUCAGAAGCCCAAGAUGCAGAGUACAAACUCGAGUUUGUUCCAACAGCAACUGUAGAAUAUGUUAAUAGCUUGAUCUUCCUUGAUGAUAUCCAGGAAAGGAUUGAAGUUCUUGAAGAUGAAGCGGAAACCAUUGCUAAGAUGUACAAGCUCAUCGAUCAGUACCAAGUUCCUACUCCCCCUGAAGAUUUUGCUGUCUUUGCCACCAUGAAACCAUCUCUUGUUGCCGUCCGAAAUGCAAUCGAUAAGGCAGUGAGCGAGAGAGAUACCAGCCUUAAAUUGUUCUGUCAACAUUUGGACAAGGACGUUGAAGAAUUAAAUAAAGAAGUGAAUGAAGUACAGCUACUAGCCCAGGAUCCACAGAUUUUGGAUGCCUCAGCUGACCAAGAGAAAGUAAAAGGGCUACUGGGUGAUCUACAGAUGACUCUAGAUGACCUCCAGAAACGGGCUUUCCAGUACAAAUCGUACCAGAAAAACUUUAAGGUGGAAGUGUCUAAAUUUGAAACUCUUGAAGAAGUCAGUGCAGAGCUGAAACUAAAGCAGCUGCUUUGGGAUUCUCUUUCUGAAUGGGACGAUCUCCAAGACAAUUGGCUAACGAGUAAAUUUGAGAUUAUGGAUCCAGAGGCAUUGAAUUCUCAAGUUUCGAAGUAUGCCAAAUUUGUGAAUCAGCUGGAAAAAGGUUUGCCCCCUAACAAUGUUGUGCCGCAACUCAAGACUAAGGUGGAGAAAAUGAAGGAAAAACUUCCUGUGAUUACAGAUUUAAGGAACCCCUUUUUGAAGCCAAGGCACUGGACCUUUAUUGAGCAAAUCGUUGAUGCUUCCCUUGUGGACGUUGAAAAUCCAUUAACUUUGCAACGUCUCAUCGAGCUGAAUGUUUUUAAUUUUGGACAAGAGAUUCAGGAUAUUUCUGGGCAGGCUUCUGGAGAAGCAUCUUUAGAAACAAUACUCAAAAAGGUGGAAGAUGCUUGGAAAACAACAGAAUUCGUUGUUUUGCCUCAUCGAGAUUCCAAAGAUGUUUUUAUCCUGGGUGGGACAGAUGACAUACAGGUUCUUCUAGAUGACAGCAUCAUUAAUGUGGCCACAAUCGCCUCUUCCCGAUACGUAGGUCCACUCAAACCUCGAGUUGAUGAAUGGCAAAAGCAACUUGCAUUAUUUAAUCAAACACUGGAUGAAUGGCUGACCUGUCAGAGAAAUUGGCUUUACUUAGAGAGUAUUUUCAGUGCUCCAGACAUUCAGAGACAGCUGCCAGCAGAGGCCAAAAUGUUUUUACAGGUGGAUAAAUCAUGGAAAGAAAUCAUGAGAAAAGUUAACCGUUUGCCCAAUUCUCUCCGUGCAGCUACUCAACCAGGACUCCUGGAAACUUUUCAAAAUAAUAAUGCACUGCUUGACCAAAUUCAGAAGUGUCUUGAGGCCUAUUUGGAAUCAAAGAGAGUUAUUUUUCCAAGGUUUUACUUUUUAUCCAAUGAUGAACUUUUGGAAAUUUUGGCCCAGACUCGCAAUCCACAAGCUGUUCAGCCUCAUUUAAGGAAGUGUUUUGAUGCCAUCUCUAGGUUGGAAUUUGCUGUUUUGAUCUCCACUGAACCCAAAAUACCUGGUGUUGAAGCAGAACCAGAAAAAGUUUUUACAAAUGAUAUUUUAGCUAUGCUGUCACCAGAGGGAGAACGGGUUGGCCUGGGGAAAGGCCUGAAGGCUCGAGGAAACGUGGAAGAUUGGCUGGGCAAAGUAGAAGAAGCCAUGUUCACAUCCCUGAGACGCCUGAGCAAAGCUGCCAUCGCGGACUACCAGAACAAAGUCCGGAUAGAGUGGGUGGUGGCUGGCCAUCCUUCUCAGGUAGUGCUGACCGUGUCUCAAAUCAUGUGGUGCCGAGACUUAACCGAAUGCUUGGAAGGAGAAGAAAUGGAUCCCUUGGAAGCAAUGGAAGGUUUUGAAAUAACCAACUUUGACAGAUUAAAUGCUUUGGCAGGUUUGGUGCGAGGCAGUCUUCCCAAAUUACACAGAAACAUCAUAACUGCCUUAAUUACUAUCGAUGUACAUGCAAGAGACAUUGUCAGUGAACUCGUGGCAACCAAGAUAUCCACUGCAGACUGCUUCGAAUGGCAAAGGCAGCUACGUUACUAUUGGGAUCUUGACUUGGAUAACUGUGUGGCCAAAAUGGCCCUUUCUAUGUAUACUUAUGGCUAUGAAUACCUGGGAGCAUGCCCAAGACUGGUGAUUACGCCUCUCACUGUUAUUUUAUAUUCAGAAGGAUUUGAAUCCAGCAAAAUCCUUGCAAGAAAAAUGACUCAAAUGUAUAAACUUUGCAGUGAACAGCUUUCUCAGCAAGAUCACUAUGACUUUGGAAUGAGAGCAGUGAAAUCUGUCCUGGUCAUGGCUGGGUCCCUCAAGAGAGAGAAUCCAGACCUAAAUGAAGAUGUUGUGUUGAUAAGAGCCUUGAGAGAUUCUAAUUUACCCAAAUUUCUAACAGAUGAUGCCCUUCUCUUCAGUGGAAUCAUUUCUGAUCUCUUCCCCGGAGUCCUCAUUCCAGAACACGAUUAUGGCAUUCUGCAGUCAACAAUUAUAGAUGUCAUGAUUGGACAAAAUCUUCAACCCGAGGCCUGCAUGGUUCACAAAGUUAUACAGUUCUAUGAAACCAUGCUCGUAAGACAUGGUGUCAUGCUUGUUGGGCCAACAGGAGGUGGAAAAACCACAGUUUACAAAAUUCUUGCUGAAGCCUUAGGGGUGCUGCAUGGGAUGGAACUCCCAAAUCCUUUUUAUCAGCCAGUUAAGACGUACAUUUUGAAUCCAAAGUCCAUUACAAUGGGCGAACUGUAUGGAGAAGUGAACAAUUUAACCUUGGAGUGGAAAGAUGGCUUGAUGGCACUAAGUGUCAGAGCAGCAGUGAAUGAUACUUCAGAAGAUCACAAAUGGAUUGUCAGUGAUGGGCCAGUGGAUGCCCUUUGGAUUGAAAAUAUGAACACUGUUUUGGAUGAUAAUAAGAUGCUUUGCUUGGCUAACAGUGAAAGAAUUAAACUUACCCCUCAGAUCCAUAUGAUGUUUGAGGUACAAGAUCUAAGAGUUGCCUCUCCAGCAACAGUCAGUCGCUGUGGGAUGGUGUUCGUGGACCCUGACGAGCUAAAAUGGCUACCGUAUGUCCUGACGUGGAAACAGAGUUUUUCGGAGAAACUGAAUGAAGAAACAUGGGAAUAUUUAUUAAAUCUCUUCAACCGUUAUGUUGAGCAGGGCUUAAAGUUUGUCAUUAAAAAGUGCUCUCAAGCGAUCCCUCAAGUGGAUAUCAGCAAAGUGACCACCCUGUGUUGUUUAUUGGAGUCCCUCUUAUUUGCGAAAGAUGGACCUGACUUAGCUAUGGAACAAGGAAAAUUGAACAGUAUAAUAUGUCAGACUUUUACAUUUUGCUAUUUGUGGGCUGUGGGUGGAAAUCUGACUGAAAACCAUUGGGAUGCAUUUGACACAUUUAUCAGACUGCAGUUUGAGGAUGCUCCAGAGGCCAAGCUCCCCAGCUCAGGUGAUUUGUGGAGUGUCCACAUGGAUUUUGACACCAAACGCCUGGACCCCUGGGAACGAAUCAUCCCUCCUUUCAAGUAUAGCCGGAAUGUACCAUUUUUUGAAAUGCUCGUUCCCACGACAGACACCGUACGUUACGGCUAUCUAAUGGAAAAACUGCUUGCUGUCAAACAUCCUGUUUUACUGACUGGGACCACCGGGGUUGGCAAGUCUGUUGUUGCCCGAGGAUUGCUAAGCAGAAUACAAGAGGAGGCUGGGUAUGUUCCUGUCUACCUCAACUUCUCGGCACAGACAUCUUCGGCAAGAACGCAAGAAAUUAUUGAGUCGAAACUAGAAAAGAAAAGAAAAAACAUUCUAGGAGCACCAGGAAACAAGAGAGUCGUAAUCUUUGUGGAUGAUUUAAAUAUGCCAAAGUUGGAUACCUACGGUUCUCAGCCUCCUAUUGAACUGCUCCGACAGUAUCUGGAUUUUGGUGGAUUCUAUGACAGAGAGAAGCUCUUCUGGAAAGAAAUACAGGAUGUGACAAUUGCAUCUGCAUGUGCACCUCCGGGAGGCGGUCGCAAUCCUGUGACGCCCCGUUUUAUUCGACACUUUAGCAUGUUGUGCCUCCCAACACCUUCCGAACAUAUUUUAAAGCAAAUUUUUCAGGCAAUCUUGAAUGGUUUCUUAUUUGAGUUUUCUAACGCUGUAAAGAAUUGUGCAUCGAGUAUUGUAGAGGCUGCCGUGGAAAUUUAUAACAGGAUGAGCAUCGAUCUCCUCCCAACACCCGCAAAAUCCCAUUAUGUGUUUAAUUUGCGAGAUUUAUCAAAAUGUGUGCAAGGUAUCCUGCAAUGUGAUUCAACAGUAGUCAGAGAUGAAAUGCAGAUUUUUAGACUAUUUUGCCAUGAAUGCCAAAGAGUUUUCCAUGACCGUCUGAUCAACAAUGAAGAUAAACUAUAUUUCCAUAACAUGUUAACUGAAAUGGCCAGUAAGCAUUUUGCCAUUCCAAUUGAUCAAGACUAUUUUAUCAAGAAACCAGUCAUAUUUGGAGAUUUUAUAAAGAUUGGUGUUGACAAAGCUGAGCGCCUCUAUGAAGACUUGCUUGACAUGAAUAAGAUAGCUUCAGUUUUACAGGACUACCUUGACGAUUACAACAUAAUGACCUCUAAAGAAGUCAAGCUGGUAUUCUUCCAGGAUGCCAUCGAGCACGUGUCCAGGAUUGCUCGAAUGAUUCGCCAGGAGAGGGGAAAUGCUCUGCUCGUUGGAGUAGGCGGGACAGGAAAACAGUCUCUGACCAGGCUUGCCUCUCACAUCUGUGGCUAUAAGUGUUUUCAAAUCGAGCUCAGUCGAGGCUAUAAUUAUGACAGUUUUCAUGAUGAUCUAAGGAAGCUUUAUAAGAUGGCUGGUGUGGAUGACAGAGACAUGGUUUUCCUUUUCACCGACACCCAGAUUGUAGUGGAGGAGUUCCUGGAAGACAUUAACAAUAUUCUGAACUCAGGGGAAGUACCAAAUCUAUUUGAAAAAGAUGAGUUGGAGUAUGUUAUGGCAGCCACAAGGCCAAAGGCAAAAGAAGCAGGAAUUCCAGAGGGCAACAGAGAUGAGGUUUUCCAGUUUUUUAUUAGUCGAGUUCGCCAGAAGCUACAUAUCGUGCUGUGCAUGAGCCCCGUUGGAGAGGCUUUCCGCUCCCGAUGUCGAAUGUUUCCAUCCCUUGUGAAUUGUUGCACAAUCGACUGGUUUGUGCAGUGGCCCAGGGAAGCCCUUCUUUCUGUAUCAAAAACAUUUUUCUUAAAUGUUGACCUUGGAAGCCAAGAAGUAAAAGAGAGGCUUUCAUUGAUGUGUGUGGAUAUUCACAUGAGUGUGACAAAUAUGGCUGAUCGAUACUAUUCAGAGCUGAGACGGCGAUAUUAUACCACACCUACUUCCUAUUUGGAAUUAAUUAACCUUUACCUUUUAAUGUUGAAUGAAAAAAGGAAGCAGUUGGUUUCAGCUCGAGAUAGAGUGAAGAAUGGUUUAACAAAGCUAUUAGAGACAAAUGUACUUGUUGACAAAAUGAAGUUAGACCUUUCUGCUUUAGAGCCAGUUCUUAAAGAAAAAUCAAAAGAUGUUGAAGCUUUGAUGGCAAAGUUGGCAGUGGACCAGAAACAAGCAGAUCAGGUCCGUUGUGUGGUUCAAGAAGAUGAAGCAAUAGCAAAGGUGAAAGCUGCAGAGACCCAAGCAAUAGCUGAUGAUGCUCAGAGAGAUCUUGAUGAAGCCCUCCCAGCCCUGGAUGCUGCCAACAAAGCACUUGACUCUCUAGAUAAAGCAGAUAUAUCUGAAAUCAGAGUUUUCACCAAGCCACCAGAUAUGGUCAUGACUGUCAUGGAAGCCAUUUCUAUCCUCUUGAAUGCCAAACCUGACUGGGCCACAGCAAAACAGCUUCUUGGGGAUUCUAAUUUCCUCAGAAGACUUUUAGACUAUGACAAGGAAAAUAUAAAGCCAGUCAUAUUGGCAAAGCUCCAAAAAUAUAUCAAUAAUCCUGAUUUUUUGCCUGAAAAGGUAGAGAAAGUAUCCAGGGCAUGUAAAUCCAUGUGUAUGUGGGUAAGAGCCAUGGAUUUAUAUUCUCGAGUCAUCAAAGAAGUUGAACCCAAAAGACAAAAACUCCAUGCUGCUCAGGCUGAGCUUGAUGCUACUUUGGCUACCUUGAAAGACAAACAAAAAAAAUUAAGACAAGUAGAAGAGCAGAUUGAAGCUUUACAAGAUCAAUACGAGAGAAGCAUCAAUGAAAAAGAGAAUCUUGCCAGAACCAUGCAACUAACCCAAGACCGCCUCAACCGCGCUGGGAAACUCACAGCUGCAUUGGGAGAUGAGCAAAUCCGAUGGGAAGAAAGCAUCGAGAACUUUGAAAGUGAGAUCGCCAACAUCACCGGGAAUGUGUUCAUUGCUGCUGCCUGCGUGGCAUACUAUGGCGCCUUCACAGCCCUUUACAGGCAGCUGCUGAUAGAUUUGUGGAUUGAGCAAUGUGUCCAACUGGAGAUCCCAAUAAGUGAUGACUUCAGCCUAAUAAAUAUUCUGGGGGAUCCUUAUGAGAUACGGCAGUGGAACACUGAUGGCUUGCCACGUGAUCUGGUAUCAACUGAAAAUGGUAUUCUGGUGACUCGAGGACGACGAUGGCCUUUAAUGAUUGACCCUCAAGAUCAGGCAAAUCGUUGGAUAAGAAACAAAGAAUCUCAUAAUGGACUAAAGAUAAUUAAGCUCACGGACACUGGAUUCCUGCGCACACUUGAAAACUCCAUUAGACUUGGCUUACCAGUGUUGCUAGAAGAGCUGAAGGAAACCCUGGACCCUGCCCUGGAACCAGUUCUUUUGAAGCAGACUUUUGUGAGCGGUGGAAGGAUGCUCAUUCGCCUUGGAGACUCAGACAUCGACUAUGACAGAAACUUUAAGUUUUAUAUGACAACCAAGAUGCCCAAUCCCCACUAUCUCCCUGAGGUGUGCAUUAAAGUUACUAUCAUUAAUUUUACUGUGACCAAAUCUGGCCUGGAAGAUCAGUUACUAAGUGACGUUGUGAGGCUUGAAAAACCUGAACUAGAAGAGCAAAGAGUUCAGCUCAUCGUGAGAAUUAAUACUGACAAAAACCAGCUCAAAGCCAUUGAGGACAAAAUCCUAAAAAUGCUGUUCCAGUCCGAAGGAAACAUCCUGGACAAUGAAGAACUUAUCAAUACCCUCCAGGACUCCAAGAUAACUUCAGGUGCCAUUAAAACCAGACUCAUCGAGGCAGAGUCCACUGAAAAGAUGAUUAAUGCUGCUCGGGAGAAGUACCGGCCUGUGGCAACUCGGGGAUCCGUCAUGUACUUCGUCAUCGCCAGCCUCUCAGAAAUAGAUCCCAUGUAUCAGUAUUCCUUGAAGUAUUUUAAGCAGUUAUUUAACACAACCAUCGAAACCUCAGAACGGAAUGAUGACCUGCAAGAACGUCUGGAGAUACUUCUCUCCCAGACCCUCUUGACGGCUUACACUAACGUUUCUCGAGGGCUCUUUGAGCAGCACAAACUUAUCUACAGUUUCAUGCUUUGUGUUGAAAUCAUGCGCCAGAGAGACGAAUUAACAGAAGAAGAAUGGAAUUUCUUCCUCCGGGGUUCCGCAGGCUUAGAUAAGGAGCGCCCUCCCAAACCUGAUGUCCCCUGGCUCCUAGAUGUCAUAUGGUUUGCCUGUGUUGACUUAGAAGAAACCUUCCCAGUCUUUCAAGGACUUACGAUGCAGUUACCCACCAUUCCCAUUAUGGUCAAAAUUGGAAACUUUGAAACCUAUCUUAACCCAUCGCUCUUGGAGGACGAAGAUGAAAUGGAAGAAGAUGAAAUGCAAGAAGAGUCUUCAGAAUCCCAAGACUACUGGAAUGAAGAAUUAACUAUGUUUCAAAAACUAAUUCUUGUUAAAUCCUUUAAAGAAGAAAAGGUGGUUUUUGCUAUUACAGAAUUCGUGAUAGAAAAUCUAGGGAAACAAUUUAUAGAAAACCCACCAGUUGACCUCGCUACUCUCUAUCAAGAUAUGUCCAGCUCUACUCCUUUGGUAUUCAUCUUAAGCACAGGCUCUGAUCCAAUGGGAGCCUUUCAGAGAUUUGCAAGAGAAAGUGGAUAUUCUGAAAGAGUGCAAUCAAUUUCACUGGGACAAGGACAAGGACCUAUUGCUGAAAAGAUGAUUAGGGACGCUUUGAAAACAGGAAAUUGGGUAUUUCUUCAAAACUGUCACCUUGCAGUAUCGUGGAUGUUGCCUAUGGAAGAGCUUAUUAAAAGUUUUACAGAACCAAAUGUUUCAAUUCAGGAUAGUUUUAGACUUUUUUUGAGUUCCAUGCCAAGUACCACAUUUCCCGUCACAGUUCUUCAGAAUUCUGUCAAGGUUACCAAUGAACCACCUAAAGGUCUCCGUGCAAAUAUCAGACGAGCAUUUACUGAAAUGACACCUUCAUUUUUUGAAGAAAAUAUACUUGGAAGGGAAUGGAGAAAAAUAAUUUUUGGCAUUUGUUUCUUCCAUGCUAUCAUUCAGGAGAGGAAAAAGUUUGGCCCUCUUGGUUGGAAUAUCUGCUAUGAAUUUAAUGACAGUGAUAGAGAAUGUGCCUUACUUAAUCUAAACCUUUACUGUCAAGAAGGAAAGAUACCAUGGGAUGCCUUGAUCUACAUUACAGGUGAAAUCACUUAUGGAGGCCGUGUUACAGACACUUGGGAUCAAAGAUGCCUUCGCACAGUGUUAAAGAGAUUUUUUGCUCCUGAAACAUUAGAAGAGGGUUAUAAAUAUUCAGAUUCAGGUAUAUAUUUUUCACCUGUGGCGGACAACAUCCAAGAGUUCAGAGACUAUAUUGAACGUUUGCCUUUAAUUGAUGACCCGGAAGUAUUUGGGAUGCAUGAAAAUGCCAACUUAGUUUUCCAGUUCAAAGAGACCAACACUUUCAUCAAUACUAUUCUUGAUGUCCAGCCAAGGUCUGGUGGUGGAGGAGGUACGAAAAGCAACGAUGAAAUUGUCCAAGAACUUGUUACUUCAGUCUUGUCAAAGGUACCAGUAAAACUGGAUAUGGAAGGAGCUUCGGAGUCCCUCUUUGUUAAGGAUUCACAAGGACGUCCCAACUCCCUAACAACUGUCCUUGGACAAGAAGUGGAUCGAUUUAAUGGUCUUCUACGUUUAAUCAGAAAUUCCCUAGAAACACUGGACAAAGCAAUUGCUGGCUUCGUUGUCAUGUCUGAAGAAAUGGAAAGAGUAUACAACAGUUUCCUUAACAACCAGGUCCCAGUCUUGUGGUCCAAUGCUGCAUACCCUUCACUAAAGCCUUUAUCAUCUUGGGUCAAAGAUCUUGUCUUGAGAACAUCUUUUGUGGAGCUCUGGCUCAAAAGGGGACAGCCCAAAUCAUAUUGGAUCUCUGGUUUCUUUUUUCCUCAAGGAUUUCUAACAGGAACUCUGCAAAACUACGCUCGGAAAUACAACUUACCCAUUGAUGAACUUAACUUCUCCUACAACAUCGUCCCUUCAUACCGAGACCAAGCCGCGGUGAUCGAGGCUUCUAAAACCAUCCAGUUUGGACAGCAGUUGCCCAUGGAUUUGGAGUUGCCCUCUCCUGAGGACGGUGUGCUGGUGCAUGGGAUGUUCAUGGAUGCUUCGCGCUGGGAUGAUGACGACAUGGUGAUAGAGGAUGCUUUGCCUGGACAGAUGAACCCUAUGCUGCCCGUGGUGCAUUUUGAGCCUCAUCAGAACUAUGAACCCCAUCCCUCCCUGUAUCACUCUCCGCUCUACAAAACAGGAGCCCGAGCAGGGACGCUCUCCACCACCGGCCAUUCGACCAAUUUUGUGGUGACGAUCCUCUUACCGUCUAAAAAAUCUAAUGACUACUGGAUUGCCAAAGGCUCCGCUCUGCUUUGCCAACUGAAUGAGUAA